UCUUCAAUUUUGAAGUCACUGAGUCAUGUUGACCUGGAAGACAUUUGCAGCCUUGCCCCUUCAAAAGGAUACCACAGCAUAUGUUGCAUGGCCGACGCUUCCUGUCAGGCGCCCGUUGGGCCCGGAGAAAUGCCGAUACUGCGGCUUUCGCGGCCCUUGAGCACAGGAACUGGCAGAAGGCGGUUUCUGCGUAUGACCGGACCUUUGGGCCUUUGACCUCGCAAUGCAUCCCUGCGCUGCUGGACGCCACCCUGCCGGCCCUGCCGGCGACGGGCUCGGCCCGAGUGCUGGAUGUGGCCACGGGCCCGGGGAUGGUGGCAGAGGCGGCCCUUCAGCGAUGUGCGGAGGUGGUGGCGUUGGACUUCUCCAGGAAGAUGCUCGACUUGGCUGAAGAGCGGUUGGGCAAUUCCGUGGAAUUUGUAGAGGCGGACGCUGGCAGUAUGCCUUUUGAAGCCAACUCCUUCGAUGCAGUGCUGUGCAGCUUUGGAGUCUUACACUUGCCGGUGCCAGAGGCCUUCUUUUUGGAGGCCUUUCGCCUGCUGCGGCCAUCAGGGAAGCUGGGCUUUACGGUUUGGGCUGCCGCGCCGGAGACGGAGGCGAUGGCCCUGAUCCAUGAAGCUGUACAAACGCAUGGUGACUUGAACGUGCCACUCCCGGAGGCGCCGCCUUUCUUCCGCUUCGCCAACUUCGAAAGCAGCAGAGAGGCCCUGCUGGCUGCAGGCUUUGCAGAGGUCAAGAGCCAGAAGGUGCCCAUGGUUUGGGAGCUGGACUCCGCCGAAGAUCUCUUCGUGGGUUUCCGCGACGGCACGGGGCGCACGGCGGAGCUCCUGGCACUGCAGGGCCCGCGGCAGCUGGCGGAGAUCCAGCGCUUCGUCACCGCCCGGGCGGAGGAGACGCGUUCCGCAGGUGGGCCUUGCCGGUUUCACAUGCCUUGCGUUCUGACAGUGGCCACCAAGCGAUGACAGCGAGCGCAUGCCGAAGUGAUGGUACUUGGUAGAAGAAGUCUCAUGAACCAGGCAUUAGGUUUCUCAUUUCGGAAGUGAUGCAGGCCACUGCAUUGAGUGGCAAGAUGUGGACAGACACUGCGCAAGAGCUGGGCUUGUUACACACAUCGAAGCAGAUAGACCAACAGCUGCCCACUCCGCAGCUGCGUGGGUUCCUCGGCUUGGAUCCGUAAGCGCGAUCAUAGAUCACUUGCCCUGCUGUAAGUCCGCGUCC